AUGCCUUACGGUCACAACCCUUACCUAGCGAUACCGGAACCCGAACUUCGCGCCGAACAGUUUGCGCGACGCGAAGAUGAAAAGGACGGAUUGAGUAAGCUGAGGAAUGAGUUCGUCAUACCCACCAAGGGCGAUCUGAGGAACCGCAAUUAUGGAUUCCAGCGGAAAGAAAAAAAUGCAAGUAUGCGAUCGGACGACAACGAGGAAUCCAUAUACUUUUGCGGAAACUCUCUUGGGCUUCAACCGCGAAGAACAAAAGAAUAUAUCAAUCGUUAUCUUGACACUUGGGCUUCAAAAGGCGUCUUUGGACAUUUUACCAAUUACGAAGGAGGCCUUCCGCCAUGGCUACACAUUGACGAUGCAGUCAAAAACCAGGCAGCAAAAAUUGUCGGGGCGCAUCCCAGUGAAGUCGUCGUCAUGGAGACAUUGACUGCGAACCUGCACCUUUUGAUGGCUAGUUUUUACCGUCCGACCAAGGACAGAUGGAAGAUCAUUAUCGAGGGCAAGGCAUUCCCUAGCGACCAUUAUGCUGCUCUCUCGCAAAUCGCACACCACAACCUUGAUCCCUCCGCUUUGAUCACCAUCGAUCCACCAUCUCCCUCGUCGCCCUACCUCUCGAACGAGCACAUCCUCUCCGUGAUUUCACACCACGCCCCAAGUACUGCCCUCGUUCUUCUACCCGGCAUCCAAUUCUACUCCGGUCAAUUCUUCGACAUCGAGCUGAUAACGCGUCACUGUCGAUCAUUGGGCAUAACAGUAGGCUGGGACUUGGCGCAUGCAAUAGGAAAUGUACCAUUGAAGCUACACGACUGGAACGUUGACUUUGCAGCGUGGUGUAACUACAAAUACAUGAAUGGCGGCCCAGGCACCAUUGGCGGACUUUUCGUCCACGAGAGACACGGCAAGGUAGAAAGAACCCCCACACCCCGAACAAACGGCACAGGCAACGCAUCAGAAAAUAGCGCUCAACUAUCAUACCGCCCGCGCUUGAGUGGCUGGUGGGGAAGCGACAAGAGCAGCAGAUUUCGCAUGGACAACCAAUUCGUCCCUAUCACCGGCGCUAGCGGCUUCCAACUCAGCAACCCAAGCGCACUCGACAUGACCUCCGUAAUGGCGAGUUUAGACGUCUUCGCGCUCACUGACAUGGAAGCUCUACGAGAACGCAGUCUCAGGCUGACCGCGUACCUCGAGGCCCGGCUACUCAAGUAUCCAAAUGGCGAACCACCGUACAAGAUUAUCACACCUGCGAAUCCCAUGGAGCGCGGCGCACAACUCAGCGUGCUUCUCAACCCAGGUUUAUUGGACAAGGUUCAGCACUACAUUGAGGAACGCGGUGUAGUAGUGGACGAACGCAAGCCUGACGUGCUGAGGGUUGCGCCAGCACCACUGUACAACUCCUUCCACGACAUCCACCGCUUCAUCACCAUCUUCCACGAGGCUUGUCAAAUGGCUUUGAAAAGCGGGGGUAGGACUCUCUCGUGCAACGAUGCUGUUCCCAGAGGCAUCGCUACUGUAUAA